UUUGGCCCAGCAGCGGGACCGUUCCCCCUUCAGCUCCCCGGUCCACCCCAGUGGGCAACCACUCAGGCGGCGCUCCCGCCCUCUGCCUUUCAUUCCAGCCACCAAGAUCUUGGAAGCUUUGAAGCUCAGCAAAGAAGGAAAAAUCCACCGAGAACAGUCUGUAAAGGUGUCCUGGGACAACCCGCUCGGUCACUCCUCUGCAAAAACUCUUCGUCCUGCACCCAGGACCCCAAGGAGGCAGCACGCGUGUGAAAGAUUCACCGUGAGACCAUGUCGUUCAGAUUUGGUCAGCAUCUCAUCAAGCCCUCUGUGGUUUUUCUCAAGACUGAACUGUCCUUCGCCUUGGUAAAUAGGAAGCCCGUUGUUCCUGGCCAUGUCCUUGUGUGCCCGCUGAGGCCAGUGGAGCGCUUCCGUGACCUACGUCCUGAAGAAGUGGCCGAUUUGUUCCAAGUGACCCAGAGAGUAGGGUCAGUGGUGGAGAAACAUUUCCAGGGGACCUCCAUCACCUUCUCCAUGCAAGAUGGUCCUGAAGCUGGACAGACUGUGAAGCAUGUGCAUGUCCACAUUCUUCCGAGGAAAGCAGGGGACUUCCGCAGGAAUGACAGCAUCUAUGAUGAGCUCCAGAAACAUGACAAAGAGCAAGAGGACUCCCCAGCCUUCUGGAGAUCGGAGGAGGAGAUGGCUGCAGAAGCCGAGGCGCUGCGUGUCUACUUUCAGGCAUGAAAGUAACUCAAACAAAUCCCAGGGCAUAAGGAAAUGGGCCUCGCUCUUCUGGACUCUGCAGCAUUGGAAAUGAAGCUGAGCAGACUUUAUUACAUCCCACGAUUCUGCAGCCUUUUGCAAAGCAUUUUAUUGCACUUGUGGAAGCCACUGGGGUUACGUUUCAAUCACAAUGACUGACAAGCUAACUUCCCAAACAGUAGCAGAGAGAGCCUGCCACAGUUGCUCAGUUAGGUACUGAGAAUAGGACCUUUUCCAUACUGUCCCUUAGCCUGGAUGAAAAUAAAGUGGUAACUAAAAUAUC